AGCCUCCAGUGCCCGCUGCCCAGGGGACAAUAUAAAACAGGCCACAGUGGGUCUUCCCAUCCCAAUCAGCACAUCCCAGGAAGCAGCUUUCCAGACGCAGAGUGACCAUGCAGCGCCGAGGUUUCUUUGCUGCUGUGUUCCUGACCCUGCUGGUCUUUGCUUAUGCCCAGGAAGAGGAGACGAUCCUGAACCGGGUCCAAGAUUAUGUACAGCAGGCAGCCAAGCAAGCCCAGGAGGCUCUGACCACCGUGCAGGAAUCUCAAGUGGCCCGGCAAGCCAAGGGCUGGGUGACUGACGGCUUCAGUUCCCUGCAAGACUACUGGAGCACUUGGACGGACAAGUUGUCUGGCCUGUGGGAGAAAGCUGAUGCGGCAGUGGUAGAACCUCCUAAAAAAGACACACCUUGAAGACUCAACUCCAUCGUUUUGUGUAUCCGUCUGUCCAUCUUCCUGCCUCUCUGGAUCCUCCUAUCUCCAGGGCUUCCUGCACUCUUCCGCUAUGUCUCAGGAAAAGCAUCUGCCCCCCAGCCAAGCACUGCCCUCAAAAUAAAGCCAAAUGAGAAACA